AUGGCAACAAAGGCCGUGCACCUCGAACUCGUGUCCGACCUCACGUCGUCAGCAUUUUUGGCCGCACUGCGUCGUAUGGCAGCUCGUCGAGGCGCGCCGCGUCACAUAUAUUGCGACAACGGCACUAACUUCGUCGGUGCUAGCCGUGUUCUAGAACAAAACAUAAAGCAGCUUAAAGAAAAUAUUUCUGAUCCAGAAUUCUUAACUGAACUUACGAAAACGGAGAUCGAAUUCCACUUCAACGCUCCUUCUUGGCCAUCAGCGGGAGGACUCUUGGAGGCUGCGGUCAAGAGCCUGAAAUAUCACAUCAAACGUGUUAUCGGAGAGCAAAAAUUAACAUUCGAAGAGUACUCAACGAUACUUACUCAGCUAGAAGCAACAGGAGAGUUGGAAAAAGACGCUGACAGUUUCCAAGCCAACCUAACCACCUUGAACGAAAACAUCAAACACCUAAAAUCCCAAAAUGUGAUCGCUGAAAACAUAACAUUCCAUGACAUACAUCAUUAUGUCGCGAUUUACAUCCUGGUGGGAGUGGCUGUGAUAGCUGCUAUAUGCCUUGCCUGCAAACGACUACGACAAAGAAGAAACACGGCUAUCACUUCAAGUAUUAGCCUCGAUAACAUAACCACGGAAGGUCUAAGCUCCGCUCCUGUGGCUGCGCUGGCCGCCCCGAGAGCGCAGCGCGCCGCUGCAGUGCCCGCCCCGAGAACGCAACCCGUCGCCGCCAGCACCGAGCGUGCGUCCUCACCCGCGGUCCCGAACGCGUUCAACACUCAAGACCGAGCAACAUCUCCUAUAUUGCGAACUCUCAUUCUUAAACGCGAUGAAGAAUAA